ACUCAUACGUAUUGCGAGGUUAGUGGUGAUGUUGACAUUGCCAUCCUGCCUGUGGCAGUGUGGGGAAUCUACACUACAGUACUUAAAUAAAGUGCGGUACACUACAGGCACUCAUUCAAUGAACAAGGUUAUGAUAUAACCUACCUUGUUCUCAGCUAUAUCUCCAUGUGUGGCAAAAUAAGGGUGGCAAUGUUUGGCUUAUUUUCUCUUUUUCUUUGGGACAAAUGCUUGAUUUUUUUACACUGACAGUUUCCAUUACCACUCUAGGCGACACCGCAAUACUUACUUACCCGUGUUAAUAAAGUGGGACUCCGCUCACGCGCGUUUGGGCCUCCCUAGCUUAGAACUAAGCACUAAUAUCACCUUAAAAACUAAAUCUACAACAGUACAAGGCACAACAUAUAGGGCAGAAAGCCAGGAUUCAGCCUUGCAAUUUAUCAUUAGACUCAAAUCAGCUGCAUCUAUUAAUGGAUCAGACAACAUGGCUGCUGGUAAACAUCUUAUCCUAGCCACUAUUAUUGAUGUUCUUCCUGGUCAGGUGAUAUACCCAGCAUGCGUUACCUGUUACACCAAACUUCACCAUCUUAGUGGUUCAAACCAGUUGCAGUGUCAGAGGUGUGGAAAACUGUAUGGGAGUGAUCAGGUUUACCAACGCUAUCGAUUGACUUUAAGAGUAACCAGUCAGUCUGACUCUAGAGAGGUGACAGUGUUUGGAUCAUGCCUGGAUCCUUUUAUUGGGGUUGAUGCUACAAUAUUAGCAAGCUACUUGGAGCAUACGCUGCAAGAUCAGGCAAGCUCCAGUGAUCUCCUCCAUGAUUCCAUCAUCAAAACACUCGUUGGGCAUCCUUUCUACUUUGGUUUCAAGACAUCCCCAGCUCAGAGGAAUAAUUUCACUGGUCCAUCUCUAGCAGAUAUCAGGGCAAGGGAUCAUGAAAGUUUGGUAGCAGUGCAGAUGACCUCCCCUUUUCAACGAUGGAACUUUCCAACUGUUGUGCAGUAUCUACAAAAGACUGUCGAGAGGUUAGGGCAUGCUCCAUGUGGAGAGUGUGGUAUCUGUCGUGUAAUACCGGUAUCUCAUCCUGGGCACCAACAUGAAAGAGUGGAAUAUGAUGAUGCUGAAGAAACCAUUGAAAAGGGAGGGGUCAGUGUAGCGGGUUUUGAAGUUACCAGCUCACGAAUAGAUGCAACAUGCGAUGAAACCACAAGUAGCAACACAACCUUACAUUUAGGGGAAACUUUCUUUAGCUGUAGUAUCCCGAGUUUUAGGCUAAGCUGUGAUACGAGCAUGUCCACCACAGAGGAGAAAAUUAGUAGUAGACUGUCAAAUAGUUCUCUUUAUCAGAGAAACUUUUAUCAGAUUGAUAGUAGUAGCACUAAAUAUCAAGAAGAUUUCCCAAGGGAAACACAUAAAGAUGAAUAUACACCGCCAAUAUACACAAGUGAUGACAUCGACCAUCAAGAAAUUAGUAAACAUAACUUGCAUAAUUUGAAGUCAUUUAGAGAAGGUAUUCUAGUUGUUGCAAAUUCAAAUCGGGCAGAGUGUGGCAUGUGCGUCAAAGGCAAUCUUCUGGAAGAAGGUGGUAGAAAUAAGGUCAAUGGUUUGAGUAGUUGUGCAGUCACUACAGAUAAUGGUGAGGAUGAGUUUGCCACACACAAUCUUGAAGAAUGUCAGCAGGAUGUCCUUGCAAAUAUCAAUAAAGACAAUGGUAGAAGCAAGGAUACAUUCCAUCCAGUUGCUUCACGAGAGAUAGGACUUGAGCCGAAUGCUGUAGGAAUCAACGAUUCAUCUACCAUUCAAGAAUGUGAAGAGUUCAUGAACAAGUGGCUAGAGGAAAAUAGUCUUGAUAGAUGGUCGUACAGGGAAUCCAUUGAGAAUUCUAGUAUAAGUCUGAGAGGAUCACCUAACUUGGACACCAAUGCUCUCAAAGUAGAAGACUGUUGCAGUACAGAGGCCAGAGAGGAUGAUAAAGGCAGUAGCUUUCAUAAGGUAGACCCUUCUAGGACGUGUAUGAGCCAAGAAUUUCUAGAUGAUCUGCCCUUCUCAGAAGCCCUGGAUCAGUUCUUGCAAGACAUAGAGCACGAACAACCACAGUCAAGGGGAAGGGGUUCCAGUAGUAGCCAACACCUAGCUCACACAGAAGGCUUAUUCAGUGGCACCAUUAACAGUCAUAAGGGGACUACUACAGCCCUAAAGAAUAAGAGAUCAAGUGAAGCAGGAAGAACAGAAGGAAGACAAAAUGAGAUAACAGAAACAGGGGGAAAUGCUACAGCCCAAACAAGUGGCUUGGUCAAAGACCAGACUGAUACUGAUGUAUGUUAUGCAAAAGAUUCUGAAAUUAUAGAAAAUCCAGUGCAAGAUAUCAAGUGCAAUACAAAUGAAGGAAAUACAAAGGAAGAGCAAAGAGAGUCACAGUCGAUUAAAGACGAUAAUGAAGAUUUCAACAAAAGGAAUAGGAAUCAUGGGACUGACUGUUUUUGUGAUGAUGGCACUGUUCUUUCAGAUUCUUCCAAGCAAAAGCAACAACCAUCACCUAAGAAAUCCAGAAGAAGGAAGCUUGAUGAAUGUGUUUGUGAAAGUAGUGCAGCUUUACAUUCCUCCUUGCAAAGUGAACAAUCAUCUUGUGAUUACAGCCAAAGUCCACUUCUCUUCUCCCAAUCACAAUCCCCCAUCUUACUGCCAAUGCGACCAAAGUUCCUUCCAUCUCAGCAGCCUAGAUCUCUAAAUAUUCAUGGACUAUGUACUGAUGAUACUGAGAACCUGGUGCCCAUCCACCACAGCACUACCCCUCACUUAAGAAACAGCUUUCAUCAUAGCAGAAAGAAACUGAACAAUCCGAGUGAUGGAAACCAACAGGGGACUGCUACAGAUGACUCCUCUAACGAUCAGCAAAUACCAGAUCAAGGCACUCCAUGUCUUUUCUCUCAGAUUGCGGACGAUCCGAUUAUUUCGUCUCGGCCCUCUCCGAUCCCAACCACUGGAAACUUUCUGAAAGUGUUCCACAGCAGACAAAAAGCCACACCCCUUCGACAACUCUUCCUGCAGAGAGCACGCUCCUGGAAAAUGUCCAGCACACCCAUGAUGAGUAAGAAGACCACUGCCAGAGAGAGUUCUUUUGAAAGCCCUUUGUCAUCUGGUACCCCAAACCUCUUCUCGCCCGAAACAAGUCUUGAAAACACAUCUAAUCUUGGUCAAUUUAAUCGGUCAAAAGAGAGGGAAGAAUCUAUUUCCAAUAGUUUUGAGUGCACACCUGAUCUUUUUUAGAAGCUAAUUAUUUGAAUUUGGACAGUUGCAAAUAAAGUGCAUGUUCAUGUUAAAGGACAUUAACCGUGAGCCAAUACCAUUUGCCAAAUAAGAAAGCUAGACUUCUUUGAAAGAGAACUGUUGUAACUGAAGAAAGAUAUUGAUAUGAUAUUCAUCUUUGUUUACAAGUUAUUCUAAUCGGUAUCACAGUAUCACAAAGUACUCAUAAAUACAUAUUUAAGAAGGGAUAAACCAUACAGAUGAGACUUGCAGUUUGUGAUUUUUUUUUUGCUUGAGCCUUGUGUUGUCUUUCAAAAUUGAUAUGCUUUUUAAUACUGUUAAUUUUCAGAUCAUUGUAAUAAAAGGCUCUCCUAUCUGAUAGUAUCAUGGUGGAUGAUAUUCAUGUUAAAACAACCAUUUUCAAAUUAUAUGCAUACAAAAAUAUGUUACUUUGCGAAUCUACAGUCAGUUUUUUAUCUUACUGUUUAUGACGAUUCUUGUUCAUCUAUGAUUUAACUUUUUUUUUCCAAACAAGAUUGGCUUGGGAUUUUUUUUUCAAAUCUCAUAUUUGUACUUGAAUCAUAAAUUGUGAAAGUAAUGUAGUAACAAUCCUCCAUUCAUGUUGUGAACUCUACAUGUCCCUUAUACAGAUUUUGAACUGAUUUAUACAAUGGAAAAAAAGAAGCGACAUGUAUGUCCCUUCUUUUUUUCAAAUGAAUCAUUAUCAAAUUUCAAGUUAGCGAUCAUUUUUUCCCAUGGAGUCUGCUACUUUUCUGGGCCAAAUGUUAUGAAUAACUACAUGUACUGUACCUAUCGUGAGUAACAUUAGGAAUAUACAGUCACCGAUACAUUCAGCUCUUUUUCUCAAUCAUUUUGUAUGACUUUGUGAAAGCAUAUUCUGAAGUGAUCUCACACUGCAAUGAAAUAUAUACUGGAACUAUGUAAAGGACAUUUAUAUGCAGAAAAAAAUGCAGUUUCCUAUAUUCUUAAUAAUUAUUUAAAUUUAGAAGAAAAAAAAUUCUUGAAAUUAUUCAAAUGAUUUGUGUCCUAGUUCUUUUCCAUGAUGAAUUGUUAAAGUUUAAUAGCAUAAAUCGUGCAUUCAAUUGUUCUAACUUUAUUUUUCAAAAUAGUGAGCAAGGAAAGUAUCUACUUGAUUAGUAAAUAUAAGUUUGUGUAUCUCUUUUGGUCAGUUUAAGACUCCAUUCCAUGAAUUCUUAUGAAACCUUGUCAAAUUCUUUGUUGGCCUACAUGUACUGUUUUGAACACAGUACAUGUAGGCCAACAAAGAAUUUGACAAGUGUUCAUGGACAUAGAAUUAUCUUCAAAAACCUUUUAAAAACCCUGAAAAUAAGUAAUGGAAGGACUGAUAUAUUAAUGUAGUUUGUAACUUUCUCACAUGUAAAACCAAUGAUAUUUCCAAUAUGUGACAUUACGUGUACAUGUUUGUGACAAGUGUAUGGAGCAGUGUACAGUUGUGCAGAGAAAUAAUGACAUGACUGUCCAUACAUGUAGCCUUGAAUAGAAAGUGACUGUUUAAUUGUCAUUUGAAUGAAUAAUACUGCCUUACACCAGAAAACACUAGUAGAAUAUCAUGAUCUCUCAAUGGAUAUUUUCAUUAAAGUUGGAUAAGCAACCAAUCAGUUCCAUGCCAGUUUCACCUUUGUUUUCAUUACUGAACCUUAUAUUAAACUACAUCAUUACAUGUAUGUCAAGUCAUGUA